CUCUCGUCAACUCAACCUUGUCCCUUCCAUACCUGUAUAGCCAAAAUUACUAAAUUAGAAGAAAUAAAAAGUAGUAUAGUAUCAAUAUUCCAUAGUAUUAUUCUAAAAAAAGCUAAUACUACCAGGAAACCCGAACUAUCAUCAAUGUGUCAUUUGUGUCAUAAAGUAUUCGAUAUGACAUUCGUGUUCCAACGAAUUAUAGUUGUGUGUCAUUUAUGUCCUGACGAUUUUGUUGACUGUUAUAGAUAACGGUUGACCAAACGGUACAGAUUUGCUGACGUGGCAAAAAAGCUUGUUGCCAUGUAGAUGCCCCAUCAUUAAAUAUUAUUUUUUGUUCAAAAUUUAAUUAUUUUAAAAAAUAACAAAAGCACAAAAAAAAGUAAAAGAAACCCUAAAAUUAUUGGUUUCUCCGCCUUUGUAAGCCGCCACCAGUGAAGACGACGGUGGGUGCAAUGGAUCCCGUUGGUGGUGGAGAAACCAAUUGGGCGAAGAGAGGGAGAGCGACGGCGGAAUCGGGAAUCACAUUGUUGGGUUCUCCACGACGGCAGCGUCUGGGGACAUGAGAGGAGUGGAGAAUCGUGUUGCGUCUGGGGACAGGGGAGGAGUGGAAAAUCGCGUUGUUGGGUUCUCCACGACGACAGAGCCUGGGGACAGGAGAGGAAUGGAUAAAUAUCACACAUCAGGCGAGCGGGGCUUGUUCUUUCUGGAGGAAGAUUCAUCUUUGACAAACAUCCCACCUCAACUCCCUCAAAGAUUCCACCCAGCUGGUUAACCCCCUCAAUCUCUCUCUUGAUAAAGUUCUUCUAUCCUCUUCUCUAAGUUGACCUCCGAAAUUGGAUUCUCCGUUCGUGUUUGUCUCUCUCUGAUGUGUGAUAUUUCUAGUUAGAAUAGAGUUACAUAAUGGUUAGUAAUAGAUAUGGAGUUUUGAAUAUUAUGAAAAAUUCAAAACUCAAUGAGCAAACGAAAUUAAAAUAGCAGGGUUCAUAUGGCCUAAGUUAAGGUCCUUAAACCCAUUUUCUUAAGGAGGAUAUUAAAGUAUUGUGAUUGCCUCCUGCAAAUUUAGGUAGUUAGGGAGGAGUUAUUAGUUAAUUAGUUGUUAAGGAUAUUUAGGGAAUUAUAAAUAAUUUAGAGCACAAAUAUUUAACCAUAAACCCACAUUCUCCCUUUUUCUCCCUCCCAACCGAACUGUUUCUUUGUCUCUUUGUCCAUCUGUGUUCUCAGGUCGUCCCUUUGGUUGCGUUCUCUGGCGUCCCUGUUGUUCCCGACAGCGGUCUUCGUCGUCAGUUUCGGUUUUUGAUUCUCCCAAAACAUAAACCCAGCUUCCGUUUCCGCCGUCGGACAAGUCCAUCGCUCACAUAGGUCCGUCGUUACCCCCUUUCGCCCGUCACUCCCGACUUCGCUUCUGGUAGUUCUCUCGCCCGUUUUUGUUUUUAAUGUUCAGGAUUUUUGUUCAUUGCAUGGGUUUGGGGUUUCUCUGCAUGGGUUUUAGGAUUUUCUCGUUAUUUGUUAAUUGUUUUGUUGUUAUUAAGGUUACUGGAUUCGUUUUUAAUUAUGUUGUUUUGCGUUAUUAACUUUUUUAUGGUCGAUUGUUUGCAACAAUAACGAAGGUGAUUAGUAAUUUUUUGAAAGUGUACUAUUAAUCAGUCUGCGGUCAUUAUCAACGUUUCUUUGCCCAUUAUUAUUAUUUUCAAGGCCGUUAUCAACUCUUUGUAACGUGUGUUGGUACAACUCAUUGGUAUGCUUAACGUUACAUACCAAAUGCCAUUAUCAAUGUUUUUUUACCAAUGCUCAAUCAGUAACAUUUUAUUAUAGGUUAUUGUUUUUUUUAUUAGUUAUUAACCUUUUGGUAUAAACGUUUCCGCUAUCAACACCAUUAAUAUCAAUUAAUUAUUAAAAUUUAUGUCAUUAAUUCGUAAUUUUCAUUUGUUAUCUUAUCAAUGUUUUUAAUAACCAUUAUUAACAUUUUGCUCAAUCAUUCACAUAGCAGGGUUUUCCCUCUUCGUAUCGACGACUACUUUGUUGUCUACUAAGGUGAUUUAAAGAACAAGUCAUUCCAGUUCAUGAAUAGCUUGUCUCAAGAGUGUGAUGGAACAACGUACAAGGAGUAUGGAGAGAAACUAGUUAAGUACAUCGUUGCUUUUUGUGGCUGGAUAGUGAAUCGUAGCUACAAUUUUGAGGAGUUCACAUGGGUGGAAGACCUAGAGUUGGAACCUUUGCUUUAGAUUCAGAAUUGACGACUAUCUCCAUUUAUUUUGAUCGGAUUAAGAAUUGUCUUUUAAUCCCUUUUUUAGUAAGACCUAGAGUAGGAAGAACCGUUGACAGAGGACGAGGAAGCGCUUGACAGCGAUUGCGGCAUCGGCCUACGUUGGGACAGAACAUAUUGAUUUUCACCACCGGAGUCUGAUCUGGAUGAUGGGGAAGAUCUAGGGUUGGGAGGCAGAAUCGUUUCUUAAAAAGGGAAAGAUGACGCUGAUUUGGGGAUGUGGGAUUUAAUUCCCCUUUUUUAUUCUUUAAUAAUGCCAUUAAUGUAAU